AUGGUGGGGUAUAUACCUAAAGCUGACAGUGGUGGUAUAGUGGGGUAUAUACCUCAAGUUGAGAGUGGCGGUAUGGUGGGGUACGUACCUAAAGCUGAGAGUGGCGGUAUGGUGGGGUACAUACCUAAAGCUGAGAGUGGCGGUAUGGUGGGGUACAUAACUAACACUGAGAGUGGCGGUAUGGUGGGGUAUAUACCUAAAGCUGAGAGUGGCGGUAUGGUGGGGUAUAUACCUAACACUGAGAGUGGCGGUAUGGUGGGGUACAUACCUAAAGCUGACAGUGGUGGUAUAGUGGGGUAUAUACCUAAAGCUGAGAGUGGCGGUAUGUUGGGGUACAUAACUAACACUGAGAGUGACGGUAUAGUGGGGUAUAUACCUAACACUGAGAGUGGCGGUAUGGUGGGGUACAUACCUAAAGCUGAGAGUGACGGUAUAGUGGGGUACAUACCUAAAGCUGAGAGUGGCGGUAUGGUGGGGUACAUACCUAAAGCUGAGAGUGACCGUAUAGUUGGGUACAUACCUAAAGCUGAGAGUGGCGGUAUAGUGGGGUACAUACCUAAAGCCGAGAGUGGCGGUAUGGUGGGGUACAUACCUAAAGCUGAGAGUGACAGUAUAGUGGGGUACAUACCUAAAGCUGAGAGUGACGGUAUAGUGGGGUACAUACCUAAAGCUGAGAGUGGCGGUAUGGUGGGGUACAUACCUAAAGCUGAGAGUGGCGGUAUAGUGGGGUACAUACCUAAAGCUGAGAGUGGCGGUAUGGUGGGGUACAUACCUAAACCUGAGAGUGGCGGUAUGGUGGGGUAUAUACCUAAAGCUGAGAGUGGCGGUAUGGUGGGGUACAUACCUAAAGCUGAGAGUGGCGGUAUGGUGGGGUACAUACCUAAAGCUGAGAGUGGCGGUAUGGUGGGGUACAUGCCUAAAGCUGGGAGUGACGGUAUGGUGGGGUACAUAACUUAA